AUGCACCGUGGAGACGCGAUUCCCGACUUCUGUGUCAAUGAUGGCACCAAAAUCGAUGUCAUUGUUGCCGAAGAUGACAUUAGAGAUUCCAUGGUUCGAAACAGCUUCGCAAAAUCGUCCGUCGAUGCGAAAGUGGGCGGCGGCUACGCGGGGAUCGGCAUCGGCCUUGCAACAGGAACCAAUACGCAAUUGCAAAAUGGCGGGUCAGAUGAACACAAGAGAUCUGCCCAGAAAAUGAUAGGACAAUACAAGCUUCCCCGAGCGACAUUGUUUCUGGCUCCCGAUGACCUUGUUGCCACGCCUCAGCUCUCAGAACAGGUCAAGAAGAUCCGUAGGCACGGUAGUCCGGCAGAUAUCCGUAAAUUUCACAGAACCUUUGGAGAGUUCUUCUCUCAUGAGGUAACAGUCGGGGGCAUGCUGACUUCCACCAAGACAUGGGAAGCCAAUGAGCGUAGUACCCAGGAGAGAUCCAAAGACGACUUCAAGCAAACUAUUGGGCUAGCUAUUUCUUCGCCUGUGGACGUUGGGGUCGACGCGAAACGAGAGAGCAUGGGCAGCACAGACGAUAGCUACAGCCGCGGCUACAGAGAUAACAGCGAGCAAGUGGUCUUUGAGGCCAUUGGCGGCAACACUAUCUUGGCUUCCAGCCCGCAGCUAUGGUGCCAGACAGUUUCAGACUUUGCUAACUGGAGGGCAAUUGAGCGGACAGGUCUGCAGAGCAUCCUCGAAUCCAUCACCCAGUGCGAUACCAUGGAGCUGCGUGGCGCAGCAAAAUGGUUCUCCAACGCGAUUUCAAGUGAACGCAUGUCGGUCUCAAUUGACGUCCCCGCCUCUGGUGAUCUAUUUGCCCAGAUUCGUUUCAGAACAAAAACAUCAGACAACAGGGAUCAAUAUCUUGUGUAUCGUUUUGAAGACCCGGUGAGCAUCACGAUAAUGGACCAGCCUGUUGGUCCUGAAAGAUUUCAAGGUCCCAAGAUCAAGCCUUACGACCGGUGCACUUGGACCGACAGCACAACUGGUAUCUGGACUAUCAAGCAUCGAGGAGACGGCAAUUCUCGGGACCUCCAUAAAGUCAGACUUUUCAUGCAGAUGUUCAAACUCGAAGACGGAAACUGCCUGGCCUCUCUGUUUCGACAACCCAACUUCAGGCCCGAGACCCUGACGAUCACAAUCCGUUACUCGGACUGGUGGUACUGGGAAAGCGAUACUCCUCUUCGGAUGUCCGAGGACUGGCUGGGAAAAUUCGAUGCCCCCAAAGGCUUGCGGGUGCUGAGGGUCGAGUACGAAACGCUUAGCCGGAAGAAAGAAGAGAUGAUGAAGAUCGUGAGGAGGAAUAAGGGGUGGAAACUCGCAGCUACUCGCGACAUGGGGCACCUUAGUGCUGAUGGAACCGAGCUGUUGGAGUGGAAGUGGAAUGCCAGUCUGGCCCUGACGGGCGUCACAGCUUCGCCAACGACGGAGCCCACCACUCCCGCCACGACCUCUCCCCCGUGCCUCCCUCCCAACUCCAUGUGCGGCGUAGAAGCGCAAUGGCGCGGCACCUUCUUCGGCCGCAAAGAAGGCCUCGCGAACCCCCAGCAGUGCCUCGAGUUCUGCAACGCAGACCGCACCUGGGGCGAGUGCAAGUCCUUCUCCUUCGACGAGGCCGGCGUCUGCUGGAUCCACAACAAACCGGCCUCCGAGAUCACGAACCCGAAAGCCGGCAGUGACUACUGGAUCUGGGACAAGGAGUGCUGGGAAUGCGGCGAGCCGGGUCCCGUCGAUCAAGUGCCCACGCGGACGACCUCCGCCACCACCGCCGUCGAGACCUGUCUCUCGCCGACGGCCAAGUGCGAGGUCGAGGCUGUUUUCACGCCUGAUGAAGGGGUAACGAGCUGGGGGACGUAUACCGGGACUCCGGGCACGGAGAAUGUUCAAGAAGCUCUGAUCGACCGACAUGAUGGUGCCGUCAGUGACUCGUACGACCUGGAGGAUAUUCGGACAACUCCAGCCGACAAGGCUUGA